GGCCUAUAAAAUAAUGUGUCAUGUGUGUCAUGUGUGCUGAGAGUGUCGUCGUGGUCAGACAAGCCGCUACAGUGCUCUACUGAUUAGGUGAGUUCAUCAAAUGGCUGUAUGCAUUGUGUUCGUCUUAUCGUUGGCUCUUAGCACAGUCUUUAAAUAUGAUGUGACACUUAACCAAUAGCUGGCCAUGUACAUAACGAAUGACAGUGUUAACAGCCAAAGGGGCUGUGGCUGUCAUAAAAGCCAAAUGGGAUCUGGCUGUCAUAAUAGUCCAAUGGGGUCUGGCUGUCAUAAUGGCUAAAUGGGAUCUGGUUGUCAUAAUAGCCAAAUGGGAUCUGGCUGUCAUAAUAGCCAAAUGGGAUCUGGCUGUCAUAAUAGCCAAAUGGGAUCUGGCUAUCAUAAUAGUCAAUGGGAUCUGGCUGUCAUAAUAGCCCCAAUGGGCUCUGGCUGUCAUAAUAGCCAAAUGGACCUGGCUGUCAUAAUAGCCAAAUGGGAUCUGGCUGUCAUAAUAGUCAAUGGGAUCUGGCUGUCAUAAUAGCCCCAAUGGGCUCUGGCUGUCAUAAUAGCCAAAUGGACCUGGCUGUCAUAAUAGCCCAUGGGAUCUGGCUGUCAUAAUAGCCCAAUGGGAUCUGGCUGUCAUAAUUGCCAAAUGGGAUCUGGCUGUUAUAAUAGCCAAAUGGGAUCUGGCUGUCAUAAUAGCCAAAUGAGCUCUGGUAGUCUAAAUAACAUAGAUGUUACAGACAUACUUGGACAAAGGGUGGUGAAAUAAAUGCAUAAAGGCAAUAAACACCUCUACUGCUACAACUCUAUCACAUUGAAUACGUCACAGCACAUCAUCAUCAUCACAUAAAAAGUACAUUCGCCAACAGUUACCACAAACACGGAAUCCAUACAACAACUAUUGAAAACUUUUGGUGGCAUCGUUAUUUCCAUUCCAUUUUUACCUCAAAUAAAAAAUACGAUUAUUACCUAUAAGACUUUGCAAUUACCGUAUUACCUUCACCUUGUAGAGUCACAUUUACUUUAUUACAUAACUGGACAUUUUUAGAGUUCUUUUUCUUCCUCAAUUCACUUGCUAUCAGUGACCAAUGGGUGAAUGUCCCCUUAAGGUCACUUGCCAUCAGUUACCAAUGGGUUAAAGUCCCCCUAAGCAACUUUCUAUCAGUCAUCUAUGGGUUAAUGUCCCCUAAUGUUACCCAGAAGAGCAUUGACAAGUUAGAGGCGGUCCAGCGACUAUCAGCACGCUUUGUCCUAAACAGCUACAGGAAUACCUCUAGUGUUUGGCAGCAUGCUAGAAACACUAGGCUGGUCACCAUUGGAGAAACGACGACGACAAUCCAGGCUCUCCAUGAUGUACAAGAUAAAUAACUGGCUGGUCCACUGUUCCAGUAUUAAACAGAAACUCGUCCCUCUCCCCCAUAGACAGCGACGAGGCCAUGACAGGCAAUUCAGGCUCAUACCAGCAAGAAGCCAGUAUAGGAGCUGCUCAUUCCUGCCCAAGACAAUCAGGGACUGGAACCAUCUUUCAAAAGGAACGGUUGAGGCGACAACACUAGACCAAUGGGUUCAUGUACCUCUAAAGCCACUUGCCACUAACCAAUGGGUUAAUGACUUCCUCAGGCCACUUUCCAUCAGUGACCAAUGGGUUCUUUACUCCCAGGGACUUGCCAUCAGUGACCAUUGUGCUAUUGUCCCAUAAGGCCCAUUGCCAUCACUGACCAAUGUGUUAAUUUCCCCUAAGGCCACUUGCCAUUAAUGACCAAUGGUGUUAUGUCUUUCUUCAGGUCACUGACCAUCAAUGACCAUUGUUUUAAUGUCCUUCUUCAUAUCAUUGACUAUCAAUGACCAAUGUUCUAAUUUCCCCCUUCAGGUCACUGAUCAUCCAUUACCAAUAUUCUAAUGUCCCCCUUCAGGUUACUGUCCAUCAAUGACCAUUCUUGCAAUGUCCUCCUUCAGGUCACUGACUAUCAAUUAUCAUUGUUCUAAUGUCCCCCUUUAGGUACUGACCAUCAAUGACCAAUGUUCUAAUGUCCUCCUUCAGGUCACUGACUAUCAAUGACUAAUGUUCUAAUGUCCCCCUUCAGGUCAAUGACCACAAAUGACCAUUGUUUUAAUGUCCUUCUUUACAUCAGUGACUAUCAAUGACCAAUGUUCUAAUGCCCCCCCCCUUAGGUCAAUGACUAUCAAUAACCAUUGUUCUGAUGUCCACCAUUCCGUUUUUUUAAACCACAACAUACAAUUCUGAUUUAAAGAAAUAUUGUUAGUUACCGAGCUAUCCCCCCCCCCACACACACACACCCAACCACGCACGAUUGUUAGUUAUCGUGACCCCUAACACACACAUGAUUCUUAUUUAACCGGAUGUUGUAUGUAAUAGAUGAAUUAAAUGUAAGUCUGUUUAAAACUAUUUCUUUUCUCCACAGCUGUGUUCAUGGUCAAGUGUCUACAACAUAUUUUAACACAUUCUAAAAUGCUGCCUUCCAGAGGUCCCUUGAUGUUUAUCCUGCUCGUGCUAUCGGGAACGUGUGUCCCCUCUACUGCGCUGCUAGGACGAAAUGUCGAUGACCUUUUGCAGUUCUGGAGCGAUGCUCAAACCAAGGCCACCUCAAGUGGACUCGAGAUCCUUUUUAAAAACAACGCCACCUCUAAGACCUCAUUGCUGGCAGGUUGGCUGGCGCACGGCAAGGUCACGACCGACAUGGUGGCCUGUGAGCUGCCUGGAGAACUGAAGGACCAGGGUCAGUGUUUGGAGUGGACAAAUGGCUGGCGGGUUGAAAGCUUCUGGAAAAAUCUCGGUCGUCUUAACACUGUGACUGGUUUACAGUGCAGUACGGUUCACUGGAGGCCACCUCAAGAUGGCGCCGGGCAAGAGACGCCAGAAGAUUGUUACAACAUGACUGGUUUUUACUGGUUUGGCGGGUUCGAGUCGUCUUCCCAGGUCUGGCCGAUAAACACUUUCCAGGCGAACUCGUCUGCUUUUAUCACGGGUGACACCUACCAGUCCUUCAUGUACGGAGGCGUACUCGAGGGCAUGUUUCUUUCAUCUUCGGGGGUGGGAAUCUAUGUGGACGAGACCACGCCCCUUUACCUGAGCGUGAACCAAGCAGGGUCACACAUGCUGUGCCUGAAAGGAAAAGUGGGAGCCAACACGCCAUUUUUCAACGUUCCUCAAGCGUUCCUCAAGUAUGACAUCUGCAAGGCGGCCAACCUCCUCGAGCUGUGGCGGGGCGUCUCGGAAGUAUACCUCCCUAAGCCAGCGGUUGUCCCGUCGUCGGACGUCUUGAGGCACCCGGUGUGGACGACCUGGGCCAGCUACAAGGAGAACAUCAACGACUCCACGGUCUUGGAAUUCGCGGAGGACGUGUUGAAAAACAAUUUCAGCAUUUCUCAGCUGGAGAUCGAUGACAGGUGGACGCCUCACUAUGGAGAUUUCGUCUUUGACAAUCAAACGUUUUCCGGGGCGGCUAACUUGAUCAAGAACCUGACGCAGAAGGGAAUCGUCACCACCGUGUGGAUGCACCCAUUUUUAAACACAGAUUCCAACGCCUUCAGGGAACUCUCAGCUAAGGGUUACCUCAUACAGGAGCUCAAUUCAAGCAGACCACAUGUGGUGACCUGGUGGAGGGGGAGCGCUGGAGUUAUUGACGUCACCAAUCCCGACGCCGUAAAGUGGUACCUUGAAAAGGUCAAGGCCCUGCGAGACGCUUACAACGUCACUUCCUUUAAGUUCGACGCCGGGGAAAUCAGCUGGAUCGGAGGCCCUUACAAGCUGAGCAACCAACUAGCCCAUCCGAACUACCUGACGAGAACCUACAUCGAGAUGACCUUCCUGGCCGACACCGACCAGCGCCGACAGGAAGUAAGGGUUGGGUACAGAAGUCAGGCGUCCACGCUGAUGGUCCGCAUGCUGGACAGACAGAGUGACUGGAGCAACACUUUGGGCCUCAAAACUCUCAUCCCUUGUGCCCUCGUGUUCGGUUUCAUGGGCUACCCUUACGUCCUCCCGGACAUGAUUGGUGGAAACGCCUACGGGCCCAAUCCGGAUUCUGAGCUGUUUGUCCGGUGGCUCCAAGCCACCGUGUUUAUGCCAGUCCUUCAAUUUUCUAUAACGCCUUGGUCUUAUAACGCAACUGUCUUGGAACUGACCGGGAAAUACAUUCGUCUUCAUGAGCAAUACGCUGAUAAGAUCGUCGACUUGGCUGACCACGCCCAGAAAACUGGGGAACCCAUCAACAGGCCUUUAUGGUGGCUAGACCCCGAAGACACGACGGCCCUGCAGCUGGACUCAGAGUUCCUGCUCGGGGAUGACCUCCUCGUGGCCCCGGUGCUGGAGCAGGGUGCGAGGUCACGUGACAUUUAUUUACCCAAAGGUCAGUGGAGAGACGAGUUGAGAGGCCGGGUUGUACAGGGUGGGGCGUGGAUUCGUAAUUAUCCCGCCUCUUUGGAGGAGUUACCUUAUUUCACUAAGAUUGGCUAGUUGGCAAUGUCACUCAGGUAGUAAACCAACUGUCAUAGAGGUCACUCAGGCAAUAAACCACCUGGAAUAAAAGACAAUCAGAGAUUUCUGUUGUUUGUUAAAGCUCUAGUUAUUGCUACACACACCUUCCCAGCGUGUUGAGCGAUCAUUAAAAUCC